CACAGGAGUGGAAUGGUAGGCGGGGCGAGCGGGGGCUGGACCAAUGGGAAGCGGGGCUGGCGCGGGUGGGGUCCGCGGGUGUGGGCGGGGCCAGCGCAGUCGCGGUCGGAGCGCGGUUGGUGACGGUUCGUGUCCGGUCCGGGUCGUUGGCCGGGCCUUGGAGGGAGCCUUUGCGGCCCUGCUGAGGGUGGGAGGCGUGGGGCGACCUUCCGGGUGCUCCCGCCGCGGUUUUAGCCCUCCCGGUGCUUGUUUUCCUCUCAGAGCUGCUGUGAGAAAUGUCCCAGCGGAAGCGCAGCAAAGGGCUUGGCUACUCCCAGAUGACGGAUGGGGAGGAUGAUUCCAUCCCGACCCAGGUGGAGCGGCGCUCGCAGGACCAGGUGAACCAGAAGGUGAGCGAGCUGGUGCAGUUCCUGCUCGUGAAGGACCAGAAGAAGAUUCCUAUCAAGAGGGCAGACAUGUUGAAGAACAUAAUCCGGGAAUACCGCGAUGCCUACACGGAGAUCGUCAGGAGGGCGGACAGGACCCUGCAGGAGGUGUUCGGGCUGCAGCUGGUGGAGAUCGACACCAAACGCCACAUCUACAUCCUCAUCAACAACCUGCCCCGUGCCGAGGGCGAGCACCUGUGCAGGGGCAAGGAGAAGGAGAAGAUGGGGCUCCUCUUAGUCAUCCUCAGCUUCAUCUUCAUGAAGGGCAACUCGGUCAAAGACAGUGCUCUGUGGGAAUUCCUGCACCUGCUCCGUGUGUACCCCGGGAAGCAGCACAGCGUGUUCGGCGACGUCCGCAAGCUGGUGACAGAGGAGUUUGUGCGGCAGAAGUACCUGGAGACCACCCCCAUCCCCCUGACGGACCCCCCCGAGUUCAAAUACCAGUGGGGGCCCCGGGCAGAAAAGGAAACCUCCAAGAAGGACGUGCUCAGCUUCGUGGCCAAGAUGCAGGGCAAGGACCCCACGUUUUGGGCGAGCCAGUACAGCGAGGCCGAGGCCAACAGAGCCACCACCUGACCCCUCCCCAAAAUAAAGGCACCCCGUUGGCGUGCAGCCCCCCAAUCUCCAGGC